AUGGCCACGUUCGCCUUCCUUAGCGCUCCGCUGAAGGCGACCAACGAAGUGGACCUCGUGAAGCCCCUGACCACCUACAUCGACAGCGUGUACAACACGUCUGAAGAGAACCGAUCGGAUAUUUCGGAAGCAGUUCAAGAACUCAACAAGCUCCGAUCCAGGGCGUGCUGCCAGCCUCUUGAUAAACAUCAGUCUGCAUUGGAUGUUGUUACCAGGUAAUCAUUGUCUAGGUUUUUCCGAAAACUAAAGUCUUCAUUUUUCAGAUAUUACGAUCAACUUGUCGCCAUUGAGAGUAAGAUUAUAAUUUCGGCCACUCAAAACCCGGUCAUCUUCAAGUGGAAAGAUGCGUUCGACAAAGGAAGCCUCUUCUCCUCCCGCGCCUCCCUCUCCCUCUCUGACGGCUCCUUCGAACGUGCCGCUGUUCUUUUCAAUGUCGGAUCGCUGAUGUCUCAAAUCGCCGCUUCCCAGCAAUUUCACACUGACGACGAGAUCAAGACGUCUGCGAAGCUCUUCCAGCAGUCGGCCGGAGUGUUCGCCCGUCUGAGAGACACGGUACUCGGGAUGGUCCAACAGGAUCCCACCCCAGAUCUCAUGCCGGAUACUCUCGCUGCCUUGUCUGCGCUCAUGGUCGCUCAAGCCCAGGAGGCCAUCUACAUCAAAGGAUACAAAGACAAGAUGAAACCUUCCGCAAUGGUCAAGAUAUCUGCUCAAAUCGCGGAGUUCUACACGGAGGCGCAGAAGGUCAUGACGAAGGAUGUGGUCCGUGGAUUGUGGGACAAAGAAUGGAACAAUAUGGUCAACGGAAAGACUCUCGCGUAUUCUGCCCUCGCUCAGUUCCAUCAGGCAGAAGUUAACGGGGAAAAUCGUGAAAUCGGAGAACAGCUCUCCCGACUUGCUGAGGCCCUGCGGCUAUUCGAAACUGCUCAAAAGUACCUGCCAAAGGAUGUGACGGGCAUUUGGGAUCUUUAUCCUGCCAUCAGCAAAGCACAUGUCGCUGCCAAGAAGGAUAACGACUUCAUCGUAUGCUAUCAUAGACUGAACCUGAUCUAUUGUUUUUCUUACAGUAUCACGAGCGCGUCGCCGAUUUCCGGUCGCUCCCGACUCUCCCGAAGGCGCCACUUGCAAAGGCACUUCCGGUAUCUAACCCACUGACGCCUAACUUUAGAGGUAUUCUUUUUUCAAAACGUUCACAGUUUAUCUCAAGUAUUACACUUCAGACAUGUUCUCCUCGUUGGUCCCUGUCCAAGUGCACAACGCAAUGCAAUCGUACGAUGCUCGAAAGGCUGAGCUCGUCAACAUGGAGACUGUCCGUAUGCGAGAAGCCACACAGCUCAUGAACGGAGUCCUCGCUUCUCUGAACCUUCCGGCUGCUCUGGAUGACGUCACUUCGACUGAAACUCUUCCGGAAUCCAUCAAGCUGAAGUCGGCAAAACUAAAGCAGAACGGCGGAAGCGCGGAAAUUCAACGACUCUUCACAGAACUACCAACUCUUUAUCAAAGAAAUGAGGACAUUCUAACUGAGACGAGUCGCAUUCUUAAUGAGGAGAAGGAGAGCGAUGACACGAUGCGAAAGCAGCUCGGCACUAAAUGGAAUCGUAUGUCCAGCGAGCAACUGACCGGACCAUUAGUCACGGAGAUUGGAAAGUACCGCGGAAUUCUUCAUACAGCUUCGAACGCCGAUAAAAUGGUCAAGGACAAGUUCGAGACGCACCGUCAAGGAAUAGAAUUGUUGUCGAACAACGAAACCGCUCUCAAAUCCGCGAUUCCCGGACAAACCGCCCAUGCAACUGGAGAGACGGACACGGUCCGUCAGCUGAAACAGCUGUUGUCCUUAUGGAACGAAGUCACCACGGACAGAGAACUUUUGGAAAAAGAGCUGAAGAGUACCAACUGCGAUAUUGCCAACGACUUUCUGAAGGCGUUGGCGGAGAAUCAACUCAUCAACGAAGAGCACAUUUCAAAGGAAAAGAUUGGCCAGUUGUUUGGAGAUCUGAAGAGACGAGUUCAGUCGUCACUCGACAAGCAAGAGACGCUGAUGAGUCAGAUACAAACUGCCAACAACAAGUUCACUGGAGAGAAAACGGGCUCGAGUGCCGGGGCCGAAAGAGAGCGCAUUCUGAAGAUGUUGGCACAGGCGGCCGACGCCUACACCGAGCUGAAGGCCAAUCUUGAGGAGGGAACCAAGUUCUACAACGACCUCACUCCGAUUCUCGUUCGUCUCCAGCAGAAGGUCAGCGACUUCUCUUUCGCCCGCCAAACCGAGAAAGAGGACUUGAUGAGACAACUGCAGCUGAGCAUCGUUUCUGGUGAGUGAGAGGAACUUAUGUGAGGGAAAGGAAGCAGUGAGAAGUUUAUUUUAGAUUAUGACGGUACGUACUGACAGAAAAUGGGUCUGUUCUUCUAAUCGUUGUCAGUGAUUAGCUGGAUGUAGUGUUUUGUAGUCGUGUUCUGUCAUUUCAGGCCAGGCAGCCAAAGCAGUUGUCGACGGAGUCAACUCACUCGUAUCUUCCUACCUGACUUCCGGUCCGUUUUGUGUGAAUUCUUGCAUGUCCAUCUCGCAUUCCUCGCUUGCCUCCUCCCUAUUCUCCAUGUUUCCUUUCCAUCAACCAAACUGUAUUUAGGAACCAGCGCCGCCCCAUCGACUCCAUCUUCUGGCGCUGCUGCUCCACCAAGACCGCCCCCGCCGCGACCAGCCCAAAGUGUCGAGUCGCCAAUUCCGCCGCCCAGAACUCAACAGUCUAUGCAAGGUGAGCACGCAUCCAGUUAUCCGGCCUUACAUGUUAGCUAAUAUUCGUAUUUAUCUAUCAACACUAACUCUCUCUGUUCGUUCGUUAUCACCGUUUCCUAUGUAUUCAGCCACUCCGGGAGCCGUUCCCACUCAACCGCCGGCUGGCUACAAUCCGUACCAGCAGCAGCCGGUCCAGCAAUUCCAGCAACACCCGGGCUAUUAUCAGCAGCCAAUGCCGUACGGUGUGUUUCUUUGUCGUCUUGUCUCCGUCUGAUAUGUGCCAUAGUUUCUCUGACGGAGAGUGUUUUCCUGAAGAGAGAGUGUCACAUUUUGGAUUUCAUUGAACGUCUGAUUUCUUUCCAGGUCAACCGCAGCCGCAAAUGAUGUUCCAGCCUCACUACCAGCCGACAUUCGCGGCUCCGUACCCGACAUUCCCUGGUGCUUUCCCAUCCUACCAGCAGCAACAAUGGCCGCAACAACAGCAGCAAGGCGGAUUCCCUCCGAACCCUCAAUUCGGACAACAACAACCUGGAGGAGGAACAAACCCAUUCCAGUAG